AACAAAAUAAAUGUAUUUCCUUGUUCAUUUCAGACCUUUCUCACGAAUGAAUAAUCACGGGGGCUCCACUGGAGCGACCCUAAACAGUAACCCAGCUGAUAGGAUUCCGCCCAAUUUGUGUUACCCUUUAGAGCCCCAAUUAUCAACGAUAGAUCAGAGGCUUCAAUAUCAACAACGACAAGCAAAUUUCAACAAUUUUGGUACAAAUAAUUCACAACAUCAAAAAGCACAACAGUUUCAUGAAAGUGACAUAAUUACCGAUGCAAAUUUCACGUCAAAUAACAACAUCAAUAGCAAGAGUAAAAUCAAUCCUGGAAAUUGUAGAUCCCGAAACACUAAUGAAACAACGCCAAUUCACAUGAAUAGUAACAAUUCUAGUAUUAUUAAUAAUAAGACGACUAACAAUCAACAAUUAGCGCCCGGUGCGCCUUCAAAUCAAAUCUUUAAUCAGCAACAACAAAAUAUUAGUCAUUACGGCAACAACAACAAUUAUAGCAAUCAAAAUAAUAUAAACAAUAAUUUUAAUAUGGUCGCUGCAGGUCAACAAGGUGGAAUGGAUGUGGGAUACAACUCACAGAUGAAUAACAUGGGAAUACAAUCACAAAAUUCCUGGAAUAAUCAAAUGAAUCAAAUGGGAAGUUCAACGAAUUGUAAUGGGAACAAUAUGGGAGGCAUGUCAAACAUGAAUGGAAUUUCAAUGAAUGGAAACAUGAUGAAUCAAAUGGGCGCCAUGCAUGGAUCAAAUAACAGCACUGCAGGUUCUAGUGGAUUACAUGGAAUGAAUCAAAUGCCAAUGGGCAACAUUAACAGUAUGAACAGUCAAAUGAAUGGUUCGAUGGGAUAUAAUCAACGUCAUCAUCAGAACCAAAUGAAUCCGAUGGCUCAGAUGGCAAAUAUGGGCAUGGGAAAUCAUCAGAUGGGGAAUCAAAUAAAUGGUAUGAAUCAAUUGAAUCCCAUGGCUAAGAUGCAAGGAAUGGCGAAUGGAUAUGCGCCAAGAAGAAUGUCUCCUUAUCCGAAUCCCCAACUUCACACAGCACAGAAACGGUCAAUGUAUGGGAUCAGUGGCAACCAAGGCCCACCAAAUGGCCCUGCAAUGAGUCAAUUUCCACAACAUCAAGGUGGAGUUCCAGUUCCCAUCCAGAAUCAAGCGUAUGGAAGACCAGGACAAAAUCCAAUGAACCCUUAUGGUCGAAACGGUCCAGCAAUGAUGCCACAACAACGACAGAAUACUCCACCAUAUAACAAUACAGCUCAACAAUAUUAUGGCAAUGCUGGUGCUGGCUACCAAAGUAUGCAGGGAUUCCAGCAAGAUGGUAGAUUGAAUUAUCAGCACAGUCCAGUACCUGGUAAUCCAACGCCACCACUUACACCUGCUGCUUCAUCAAUGACACCUUACAUAAGUCCUAAUCCUGAUGUCAAACCAAAUAUUGUGCACAGUGAAGAAUUACGAUUAACUUUUCCUGUUCGUGACGGAAUCAUUCUAUCACCAUUUCGUCUAGAACAUAAUUUAGCUGUUAGUAAUCAUGUAUUUCAACUAAAACCAACCGUUUACAAUACCCUCAUGUGUCGAUCGGAUCUCGAGCUUCAGCUCAAAUGUUUUCAUCAUGAAGACAGACAGAUGAAUACAAAUUGGCCAGCCAGCGUUCAAGUAUCAGCUAAUUCAACACCAUUAGAGAUUGAUCGGGGCGAGAACAAAAAUACUCAUCGUCCAUUAUAUUUGAAGCAGGUCUGUCAACCAGGAAGAAACACAAUUCAAAUCACAGUCAGCACUUGUUGUUGUUCUCAUCUUUUUGUCUUACAAUUGGUCCAUCGACCAUCAGUACGACAUGUACUACAUACACUUCUUCGAAGGAAUCUCUUACCUGCUGAGCAUGCUGUGGCUAAAAUCAAACGAAGCUUUGCUCAGGGCCAUAUACAAUCACCUCAAGCGAAUUCAACGACUGGUGUUAUUGAAAAAGAUGUCAAUAUGGAUCAGCAACAAUCAUUAAAAGUAUUCCUUAAGUGUCCGAUCACAUGCAAGCGAAUAACAUUACCAGCUCGUGGUCACGAUUGCAAACAUAUACAAUGCUUUGAUCUUGAAGCUUAUCUACAAAUUAAUUGCGAGCGAGGAAACUGGCGAUGCCCUGUGUGCAAUAAACCAGCUUUAACUGAAGGCCUAGAAAUUGAUCAGUAUAUGUGGGCCAUUUUGAACACACUCACAACACAACAAGACACUGAAGAAGUCAUGGUUGACGCUCAAGCAAACUGGAAAGCCAUCAAACCUAUGAGCAUAAAUGGAAUCAAACAAGAACCAACUGAUCCCGAAUGCAAGCAAUUCAAUAAAGUUAUGUCACCAGGAUCUACUUCAUUACCAUCUUGGGAUAGUAUGCAGGCCAUGAGUCCUUAUAUGAGUCCUGACAUGAAUUCAAUUGCAAGUGGAAGUAUGAUGGGUCAAAGUUACAACAACCAAAGAAAUCCGCAAUUUGACCAAUAUGGAAAUCCAUUAAAAGAUACAACUGGCAUGAACAGCGAUUUUGUUUCAAAUGGGGGUAACAAUGGUGGUAAUAAUAAUCCACUUGCUCAUUUAAAUGACUCUGUCAACUCAUUAGAUCCUUUAAAUGCCAUGGAAAAAUCACUCAACGAUCAAAUGCCCCACACCCCACACACACCUCAUACACCAAAUGGUGGUCACAAUCCUUUGACGCCAGGUGGUCCCCCGUCAGUUCCACCUGCCAAUGAUCUACUACAAAAUGGAACCAGCAAUUCAAACAACUCCAACUCACCUCAGCACCAACAUAAUAUUCUGAAUUCCGCUUCAAACAUCAUGAAUUCACCACAGAGUCUAAUGAACUCUCCACAAAAUAUGAUGAAUUCGCCACAAAAUAUGAAUCAGAAUAUACAGCAAAACUUAAUGAACUCUAUACCUAAUCUCACCGAUGUUGAUCUAAACUUUGACCCGGCCGCAGUCAUUGAUGGUGAAGGUGGUAAUGAUUUGAAUCUUCUUCCUGAUAACGUGAACGUAGAUCCAUUGGAAUUAUUGUCAUACUUGGAUCCACCAGAUUUAAAUACACCGCCAUCAAGUGGCUCAAGUAAUAAUGCCAACAAUGAUGAUAUCUUAGCGGCACUUUUCGAUUAAAAAUAUUUACAAUGAUCGUCAAACGAUUAGAUUUUGGGUGAGGUUGAGGCAAACAUACACACAAAAACUCGUGGAACAAAUUUUAAAAUUUAAAAACUAUACAGCAAUUGUGAUUUUGUGCAAAACAAACAAAAAAUGAUCUAAUUAAACUUUCUAUAGUCUUAUAAGUGAUUCAAUGUCAGUAAAUAGAAGUUCUUUCUUGUAUAAAACAUGUGAUGAGACUCGAGCGUAAUGAAAGCUUCUUGUGCAGCUUUUCGUGUUGUCGAGACAUUUUUCAUUCGUUACGGUCGAGCUUUAAAGUUAAAAAUUGUUGUGAAUCUUUAAUAGAAAAGUUUUCAUGGAAUUACAAAUUUCAUGGCGAUAACAACAAGCGGAAAAACGAAUGAGAGGAUGACAUUAAAAAGAAAAUAAAUAUGUGUUGAGCUAAAGUCAUUAAAGUUUUAUGUGAAGAAGAAGUGUUACUUCAUUUCAAAAACCAACCCGGAAACAUGUGCAUAAAAAUUAUUUGUAACAGGAGAGCCUCUGUUUUAAAGAGAUUUUUUCUUAUAUAUGAUUUUUACAACUUACUUUUAUUGAGAGCAACAAACGAAAAAUCAUUUUAAUUGGAGCACCUUUUUCUCUGAAAUGAAAACGCCUCGUAUUUUACAUGGGAUGAAAAGCUUUUAUGUUAUAUUUUUGUACAUAGCUCUUAUGAGAAAAUUUAAAUUACGUCAUGAAAUUUUAGAUUUCUGAUUUUAUGAUAAGAUUAAAAUAAAUGGAAUAAACAUGUUGUAAACUAGUGAAUCACGUGAAAAAAAAGUAAAUAAAAGGAAAGAAAAAUCAAAUUUAUUUAAUUUAUAAGGAAAAAAAAUAUUUGUAAAAAGGUGAAAAAUCUAACUCGUGGUGAGAAAAUUUUAUAUAAUUUGACAAUAGCUUGAAGUUUAUUCACGGACACAAAAAUAAAAAAAAGAAGCAAACAGAUAAACGAAAAACUUUCCAAAAACUUUUAAAGCUUUUUUAUUUGGGAUAUCACCGAGCAACAAAAAGAUAUCAAGAAGAGGAAGAAAAAGAAAUUUAUCGGUUUCGAUCAUUUCUUUCAUCUUGAAAUAUCGGAAAACCAAAAGUCACGUCUCAAAGGAAGAUUCAAUUUUUCAAACAUAAAAUAAUAAACAACAUAAGAUAAAAAUGUGCCACAAAGAAAAAAGAAAUGAAAAUUUGACUAUGAUAAGAUAUUUGCAGAAAAAUCUUAUUAAAUUCAAUAUCUUAAAAAAAUGACAUUUAGCUUGAGAUAAUCUUUAUAUCAUUUUUAAAACUUUUUCUUUUUAUGAAAACGUCGAGACGGAAGAAGAUAAGUUGUAAAAAAGUUCCUGUGGAAAAACACAAGCAUGCGUAAAUUUUUUAGAUCAUUUCUUCUCAUCUUGUAAGCCACCAUUUUUGUCAUAAAACACUCUCCCACAUACACUCAGACAAGUCCUACAAUUAAAUCGAUGUGAAGGAAAGCAAAAAACUUUAAAGAAAAAGUCUAAUAAAAAUUAUAAACCAAUGUCUAAAUUAAAUUUUUAGCAUAAAAAUUUCUUGAAUGAAACUUCUUCCUGUACAUAAAAAAACUAUACUUUAAAAUGAAGAAAAUUAUAAGAAAAAAAUCUCUAAACAAAAAUAAAAGAAUUUAAACUUGCAUUUGAUUGUGUAGAUGAGAUAAAAAUUACAACGUCAAAAGACUUAAAAAAUUUUUUUUUCAUCUGUCUCCUCGCGCUGCUUGAGUGAAAACCAAAAAAAAUUAUAAGUGUAAAUUUUUCAGUAAAAUAAAAAAGAUUUCAAUGUUUUUCACUCUUGCUAUAAUUUCAUUCGCUUUUCAUACUGUGCUAUUUUACUUAAUGUGUCAGGUAGAUAAACAUUUAGUGAGAAAAGUAUUUAACUUUUACGAAAGUUUUAACAACGGAUCACAUGAAAAAGAAUAAGAAAAAAAUGUCUUAGAUCAGAAUUUUUUCCAUUGUUCACCAAUCUGAACGUUAAGUUUGUUUAAAUUACUGGAAAAUUCCAUAACACUUUUCAAAGUGGUAAUCGAAACAACAAGGAAUAAAAAAUACGAUUUGUUAAAAUAGAAAUCUAGAAUGAACACUUAAUUUUUCUCUUAGAUUUUUAAGACAUGAAAAACACAACAACACAAUGUUACAUAACAAAAAAAGGAACUAUGGUGAGAAAAAUGUAUUAUAUUUAAUUAAAAUCACGAUGAAAAAAUAAACUAAAGUAAUAUUUAAAAAUAAAACAUAGAAAAUUGAACUUUUCUUUAAAUAUUUAUCCAAUUUCCUAUUU